UUUGUUAGCAAUGCAUUGAACAGCGGGUAGGAGGGUUUGCGGUUACUUACCGUGGUGGGUGUGUGCGUGGAGGAAGAAAUGGUUGGGCCCGUUGGCGUGUGAGAUGCGGUGGUGUUCGUUACCGGGCCGUUGGUUGGCGGUGUGACUGUGGACACGGUGACGGGACGAGUGGUGCUGCCAGUGCCAAUGCCGGUGCCAGUACCACCAGUGGAGAUUGGACGGGUACCGCUGGAGAUGACGGUGCCGGUGCCGAACUGGGUGGAGUUGCCGUAGCCGGUGGGAGUAAGUGUCCUUGUUCGGGUAGUUGGUGCGGUUGAAAUGGGAGGAUUGAUACCAGUGCCAGAUGACGUGCGCAAUGAGGUUGGGGUGCUGCUGAUUCCAGCGCACACGCCAGUAGUGCAGGUCAACGUUGACGUGAUCGUCGUGAGGAUCGUCGAGGGAGAACCGGUGCACUUGGUCUCAGUGCACGUUACUGUCUUGGAGGUCGUGAUCGUGGUAACAAUCGUAGUGCCAUUGCGUGAAGUGGUUGGGGUCGGGCUACCAGAUGCGGGGUCGGUGUUCAAGCUGGUAGUGAUGGGCCGGCUGCUGGUUGGCGAUGUAGAGCCAGUUCCCGGAGCUGAUGAGGAUCGGCUGGAGGAUGGUGCAGAGGAGAUUGGUGUGCUGGAAGGCACGGAGGAUGUCAACGAUCUGGAGGGAUCGGACGAGGUAGAGGAUCGCACGGAGGAAAUCGAGAAGCUUGACGGGAUUGACGUGGUCCGAAUGGACGAGGUUGCAGAAGUCGAUGGUAUCAAGGUCGUGCUCACAGACGAUUUAGAGAUGCUAGUCGAUGUGGAAGCAGAGGGACAACAUAUUAUUAAUUCUGGAAAAUUAGAGAGCGCUAAGUGAACGAGUGACUGAGUGAGCUAACGUGUAUGUCAAAGGAGUGACUAUGGCAAUAUGCCUGAAAUGUGUGAAGAAGAAGAGCACCUCAGUACGUAUCGUCUUGCAGAGGG